CAUUCUUCUAUUGGGAGCGCGCAUGGAGCAAGCUGCGUUCGUCACUGCGAAGGGGGAGCAACGCAUUCCUGCAAGUUUUUAAAUGAUGUUAUUUCAUCUGGACAUGAUCAACUUUAGGAAUAUAUUGAUCUGACUAUACUUCAAUUAAAUCAGUGUCGCUGGAAUUAUUAAAACGAAAAGAAAAGAACCGCGAUGACGUUUAUUUUGGAUUCCUCGGCAAUGUUGCGGUUUUUAACUCCGCUGCUCGUCGGAUUGUUUUCACAGUCAAUAACUGUGACAUCUGCUGGCAAUUGGAAGUCUCCUACAGCUGUUGGGCACCAUGGAGAUUCAGCUCAUUGGGUUCAACAGGGACGUUCUUACCGAUCGAUACAGGAAACAGAACCGCUAGUGGUACCGGCUCGAGCCCCCAGUGUACAUCUAACCCAGGAGGAGAUCCAGCGACUGCGCUUUAAGCCCACCGUGGGUACAAUCCAGCGAUCGGAGGGAGCAGAGGUCAAAUUUAACUGUUCGAUUGACAUCAAUGAUGUGAGCCAGGAUCUGAGUAUUUUGUGGUUUAAAAAUGGCAAGGAAAUCCUUGAUGGCAUGCUUACAGAAGUGUACACACAAGGGACUGGCACAAUGUUGUCUAUUGUAAGCAUUAAAAGUGUCCAGAGAGCAGAUGCUGGAGAAUAUCACUGCAGGCUUAGUGUCAGCAACAAGAUCAUUGAGUCAAAUCCCAUCAUACUAGCGAUACAGGGCCUGCCGACAUUCACGAAACAGCCGAGUGAUGUGAACGUCACGAGAAACACUCCCUUUACGCUCACGUGUGAAGCGGUUGGUCCUCCAAACCCUGUAACCAUUAAGUGGCUUCACAAAGGCAAACCAUUAGAAGAAAGCAACGAAGACUCCAGCACCUUAACCAUUGAAGGUGUUGAUGCUCCGACGCAGUACAGCUGUGAAGCUCAUAAUGCAAAAGGUCUGACAGUGUCCAGAGAAGCUAAUAUCAAUAUUAAAGAGCUUCCUGAGAGAGUGUCAAAGGUCACUGUGGAAAAACGUGAAGCAAACAAACUCGUCUUGAGCUGGACACCAGGACACGAUGGCUUCUCCCCUCUCAGCACCUGCUACAUCACGGUUCGAGAGCUUGAGUUAGGAAACCCCACUAGUGUGGAACGCAGAGACGUUCCUCCAUUCCAGCAUGAAAUAAACAACCUCAAGGCCAUGACCUGGUACAACAUGAGUGUGUCCUGCUCCAAUGAGAUCGGAAAGUCUCCGCCCAGUGCCUGGGUCCAAAGCAACACCACAGAGGGUGUCCCGUCUGAAGCUCCACAGAAUUUGACUCUACAAGUGAAUAAUUCAAUGUUGAUGAUUCGAUGGGAAGCUCCGCCCCCCAACAAGCUGAAUGGAAUCUUGCAGGGAUAUGACAUUACCAUCAAACACGGCACGCAUACCAACAAGAUCCACAGCAUCAGUACAGAAGCCACAGUGGCUUUGCAGGUGUUUAACAUCACGUACAGCGUGGAGGUCGUGGCUUGUACUCGGACCGGCUGUGGGACCAAAAAGGCACGCUUCUGGCUUUUCAUAGAUGAACUAGAAUCUCCUGUUUCUCCGUCCUCGACUCCAGUUCCUAAUCGUUCAGAUUCAGCAUACAUUGUGCUUGGAGUGGUGUGUGCUGUCUGUCUGCUGAUUAUUGUGAUGUUUGGGGUUGUGUGUUUACGUGGUUAUCCAUCUUAUAUAAAGUCUUGGUUUGGAAUUGAAGACAAACUCACUCCUAUUGUCGAGUACAGACCUCAGAGAUCCUAUAACCGCUCGGCCAUGGAAAUCACACUUGCCAGCUUGGGCAUCAGCAGUGAACUUCAAGCCAAACUUCAGGAUGUGAUGAUUUUAAGGAAUCUGCUGUCCAUCGGUAAAGUCCUUGGAGAAGGUGAGUUUGGAUCUGUUAUGGAGGGCCAUCUGAGACAACCAAGUGGAGCAUCUGAAAAAGUUGCUGUGAAGACCAUGAAAUUGGAUAACUUCUCCCAGAGAGAGAUUGAAGAGUUUCUGAAUGAAGCUGCUUGUAUGAAGGAUUUCAACCAUCCUAAUGUCAUCAGACUCUUAGGUGUUUGUUUGGAGGUUGGCUCCGGACAUUUUCCCAAACCGAUGGUUGUGCUUCCAUUCAUGGAGUACGGAGAUCUCCAUAGCUUCCUGAUACGGUCUCGUCUCGGUGAAAACCCUUUGUUUCUCCCCACACAGGUGCUCCUGAAGUUUAUGAUCGACAUCGCUUUAGGAAUGGAGUAUCUCAGCAACAGAAACUUCCUUCACCGUGACCUGGCAGCUCGCAACUGCAUGUUGCGUGAUGACAUGAGCGUGUGCGUCGCAGACUUCGGCUUGUCGAAGAAAAUCUACAGUGGUGAUUAUUACAGACAGGGCCGGAUAGCUAAGAUGCCUGUCAAAUGGAUAGCUGUGGAAAGCCUUGCGGAUAGAGUCUUCACUGUCAAAAGUGAUAUAUGGGCGUUUGGAGUGACCAUGUGGGAAAUAUCCACUCGUGGCAUGACGCCGUAUCCAGGAGUACAAAACCAUGAGAUUUAUGAUUAUCUCCUCGAGGGCAACCGACUCAAACAACCAAAUGACUGCCUUGAUGAACUAUAUGAUAUCAUGUUCAGCUGCUGGAGCGCUGACCCGGUGGACCGCCCCGACUUUACACAGGUCCGGGAGAGGCUGGAGAAUCUGUCCGGAAAGCUUCCGCCAGUGUCGAACAGAAGAGACAUUAUCUACAUCAACACCAGUUUUACUGAGGAGGAAUCAGCAGAAGGGGCUGCGGAGGGACCUUUGCUCACUUCUUCCCCCUGCUGUAGCCGUCAGACAACAGACACAUCGGUCGUGACUGCGGAUGUUCACGAGAGCACGGGCGCUGAGGAAGACGACCGUUACGUUGUUGUCAUAUCGUCUGGGGACCACGCAGCUGCAAACAGCACUGUUGAUACUCCACUGUUGAAUCACGGACGCUUGGAGAGCGAUAGCGGAGAAACAGUCAGAGAUGUGACGGAGACACAGCAGACGUCUAGUGACACAACACAUCUGCUUUGAAGGACACUUUAGGGACUUGAAAUGCAUCAGAAUAUUGACUGUAUGGGAAUUAGUGCAACAAUUUUUAUCACUAUUCUGCUUUAAAUUAUUUCUGCUUCAACAAAUUGAAUCGCCAAAACUGGUUUAUCAAAAACUUUCCCUUUUUUCCAUACAUGUAGCUACAGUAUUCAUUGUAUGUUAACGGGCCUAAAAUGCUGUGAUAUUAAACUGUAAUGAAACCAGGCCUGCAUUUUACAGAGAGAGGAGGAGGUUUCUUUUUGUAAUAUGCUGUAAUUGUUUUUUAAAAUGUGACCCUGCCUGUGAAAUCCAACUGUAAUGAAAAGAUUAGGAGCAUCAAAGUUUAAUUUUGACCACUAAUUUUACUACAAUUUCAAUCUUUGAGAUGGCCUUACAUGUACAUUAUCUUACAAAUCUUCAAUGAAGAUACAUUUUUUUGAUGAGCAAAAUAACCUUAGAAAAUAAGUCUUGUUUUUUAGGAAAAAAAUAUAUAAUUUUAAGUGAAUUUGUGCAUAAAACAUGCAAAUAAUCUGCCAGUGAGGUAAGAAAAAAAUCUUAACUUUUCCUUUAACACUUACACUGCAAAAAAUUAUUUUCAAGAAAAAAUUCUUAGUAUUUUUGUCUUGUUUUUAGUUAAAAAUAACAAAAAAAUUCUUAAAUUAAGAUUCUUUUCGUUGAUGAGCAAAACGACUCAAAAAAAUAAGUCUAGUUUUUAGACCAAAAAUAUCAAAUUUAAGUAAUUUUGUGCAUAAAACAAGCCAAAAAAUCUGCCAUUUUUUAAGCAAUAAAUUCAAGGCAAAAUUCAAGAAAAAUGUGCUUACCCCAUUGAUAUUUUUGGUCUAAAAACUAGACUCAUUUUCUUGGGUUGUUUUGCUCAUCAUGAAAAAGCAUCUUAAUUCAAGAAUUUUUAGAUAUUUUUACCGAAAACAUGACAAAAAUACAAAUAAUUUUUUUCUUGAAAAUCAUUUUUUGCAGUGUAAUUAAUAUAUAUAUCUAUAUUUUUUUCAAUAUUUUUGUAUUAAAAACUAGACUUAUUUUCAAGAAAAUGCAUCUUGAUUUAAGAAUUUUUAGAUAUGUACUAAAAACUAGACAAAAAUACAAAGUAAGAAAGCUUUUUUUGUAGUACACUUUUUAUUUUUCACAUAAAAAGAAAUCAAGAUAAAAUUUUCACUAAAUGUUCUUUAUUUUAUGUAGGAAGAUUUUAUAUAGUAAACAGUAAAUCCCAAAAAGAUUUUAGCUGGGUUUUCACAUACUGGGUCACAUUAGUUCAGAAGUUAAGCUUUAUUGUGAUUUUUAUUUUUUGUUGUUGUUGUUGUCUGUUUUUGAGGAAAAAAUGUACAUAGAAUGACAUUUGUAUAUUAGAAGUGCCUUUUGUAAAUAUGAAGUACAGAACAUUUUUUAUAUUUUAUACAUUUAGCUGAACUGACAAACGGUAACUCAAAAUCUUUAAGUAAUAUGUUAUGGAAGAGUUAAAAUUUUUAAUGAAGUAUAUUGAAAUAUAGUAUUUCUAAGGUACAAUAGCAAUGUCUCCAUUUAUGUGUGAUUGUUAAGUAUACAUAGGCAAGUGCAUAGGGCCAUUAUGAACAACAUCUUUUUAAAUACAGCUAACAUAAUGGAAAUUA